CUCUUCCUCCUCCUGCUCCAAGCCGGAGUGGGUAGGGCGGGGAAAAUCUAGACUUUUCCGCCUUCCAGCCCAUAACCCCGAGUGCCCACACACUGUGGCGACAGGGGUGACGGUGACGGAGUGGAUCUCCGGGACGCAGGGGUGGCGAGGCCUGGGGGAGGGGUGGAGCGCGGAGGAGGCUGCGGUCCCGCCUCCCCCACCGCAGGGCCGGGCGCAGUGUCCGGCGAGCCCAGUGGUUAGCGAUGUCGCUGCUGUCGCUGCUGCCACCGCUGCUGCCGCUGCUGCUGGCGGUGCCGGCGGCCUCCGCCGAGGGCGCGGCGGUAGCACUCACCCCCGAGCGGCUUCUCGAGUGGCAGGAUAAAGGGAUCUUCAUUAUCCAAAGUGAGAACCUCGAGAAAUGCAUUCAAGCUGGCAAAUCUACACUGACCCUGGAGAGUUGCAAACCACCCAACAAGUACAUGCUGUGGAAGUGGGUUUCAAACCACCGCCUCUUUAACAUCGGAGGCAGCGGCUGCCUGGGCCUGAAUGUGUCUAAUCCAGAGCAGCCGCUGAGCAUAUACGAGUGUGAUUCCACCCACAUUUCCUUGAAGUGGCGCUGUAACAGGAAGAUGAUCACCGGCCCGCUCCAGUACAUGGUCCAGGUGAAGCACGACAACACGCUUGUGGCCUCCUGGAAAUAUCAUCAUAAGUGGGUUUCCUAUACGUCAGGCGGUGGAGGCAUUUGUGAAUAUCUGCACAAAGAUUUGUAUACAAUCAAAGGGAACGCCCACGGGACACCGUGCAUGUUUCCCUUCCAGUAUAACCGGCAGUGGCAUCAUGAAUGUACCCGGGAAGGGCGGGAAGACAACUUGCUGUGGUGUGCCACGACCAGCCGAUACGAAAGAGAUGAGAAGUGGGGAUUUUGCCCAGAUCCCACAUCUACAGAGGUGGGUUGUGACGCUGUCUGGGAGAAGGAUCUCAAUUCACACAUUUGCUACCAAUUCAACCUGCUUUCCUCCCUCUCCUGGAGUGAGGCACACUCUUCAUGCCAGAUGCAAGGAGGUGCUUUAUUAAGUAUUGCAGAUGAGACUGAAGAAAAUUUCAUAAGGAAGCACUUUGGCAGUGAAGCAGUGGAAGUAUGGAUAGGUCUGAAUCAGCUAGAUGAAAAUGCUGGUUGGCAGUGGUCUGAUAGAACACCACUCAACUAUCUGAACUGGAACCCAGAAAUAAAUUUUGAGCCAUUUGUUGAAUAUCACUGUGGAACAUUUAAUGCAUUUAUGCCAAAUGCCUGGAGAAGUCGGGAUUGUGAGUCCACUCUGCCUUACAUAUGUAAAAAAUAUCUAAACCAUACUGAUCACGAAGUAGUUGAUAAUGAUGCUUGGAAAUAUUAUGUUACCCACUGUGAGCCUGGCUGGAAUCCCCACAAUCGUAAUUGCUAUCAACUUCAGAAAGAAAAAAAGACCUGGAAUGAAGCUUUGCAUUCUUGCCAGUCCAAUAACAGUGCAUUAAUAGACAUAGAUUCGUUAGCAGAAGUGGAGUUUCUUGUAACCCUCCUUGGAGAUGAAAAUGCAUCAGAAACAUGGAUUGGUUUGAGCAACAAUAAAAUUCCAGUUUCCUUUGAAUGGUCUGAUGGCUCCUCAGUCAUCUUUACUAAUUGGCAUACACUUGAGCCCCAAAUUUUUCCAAAUAGAAGCCAGUUAUGUGUCUCAGCAGAGCAAUCUGAGGGACACUGGAAAGUUAAAAAUUGCAAAGAAACACUUUUUUACGUUUGUAAGAAAACAGGCCAUGUCCUUUCUGACACUGAAUCAGGUUGCCAAAAGGGAUGGGAGAGACAUGGUGGAUUCUGUUACAAAAUUGACACAGUCCUUCGAAGCUUUGACCACGCCUCCAGUGGUUACUACUGUCCUCCUGCACUUGUAACCAUUACAAACAGGUUUGAACAGGCUUUUAUUACCAGUUUGAUCAGUAGUGUGGUAAAAACGAAGGACACUUAUUUUUGGAUAGCUCUUCAAGAUCAAAAUGAUACAGGAGAAUACACUUGGAAGACGGCAGGGCAGAAGUCAGAGCCGGUGAAGUACACACACUGGAAUGCACGUCAGCCCCGCUACAGUGGUGGCUGUGUUGUCAUUCGAGGAAGGAGUCCCCCUGGUCGCUGGGAAGUGAAGGACUGUAGACACUUUAAGGCAAUGUCCCUGUGCAAGCAACCAGUGGAAAAUCAGGAGAAACCUGAGCAAGAAGAGAGGUGGCCCUUUUCCCCCUGCUAUUUGGAUUGGGAGUCAGAGCCUGGCCUGGCCAGUUGCUUCAAGGUAUUUCAUAGUGAAAAAGUUCUGACGAAAAGAACAUGGAGAGAAGCUGAAGAAUUUUGUGAAGAAUUUGGAGCUCAUCUUGCAAGCUUUGCCCAUAUCGAGGAAGAGAAUUUUGUGAAUGAGCUUUUACAUUCAAAAUUUAAUCGGACAGAAGAAAGGCAGUUCUGGAUUGGAUUUAACAAAAGAAACCCACUGAAUGCUGGCUCUUGGGAGUGGUCUGAUGGAACUCCUGUUGUCUCUUCAUUUCUAGACAAUAAUUAUUUUGGAGAAGAUGCAAGAAACUGUGCUGUUUAUAAGGCGAAUAAAACGUUGCUACCCUCAUACUGCGGUUCCAAACGUGAAUGGAUAUGCAAAAUUCCAAGAGAUGUGAGACCCAAGAUUCCACCCUGGUACCAGUAUGAUGCACCCUGGCUCUUUUAUCAGGAUGCAGAGUACCUUUUUCAUACCUCUGCCUCGGAAUGGUCCUCCUUUGAGUUUGUCUGUGGCUGGCUGCGCAGUGAUAUUCUCACUAUUCAUUCUGCACGUGAACAAGAAUUCAUCCACGGCAAAAUAAGAGCGCUAUCAAAGUAUGGUGUAAACUGGUGGAUUGGACUUCGAGAAGAAAGAGCCAAUGAUGAAUUUCGUUGGAGAGAUGGAUCACCAGUAAUAUACCAGAACUGGGACAACGGAAAAGAAGAAUCCAUGAUUAAUCAGAGUCAGAGAUGUGGCUUCAUUUCAUCCAUAACAGGACUCUGGGCUAGUGAAGAGUGUUCAGUUUCUAUGCCUAGCAUCUGUAAGCGAAAAAAGUUUUGGAUCAUAGAGAAAGAGAAAGAUACACCAAAAAAACAUGGAACAUGUCCCAAAGGAUGGUUAUAUUUUGACUAUAAGUGCCUUUUGAUGAAAAUCCCCAAAGACCCAAGCGAUUGGAAGAACUGGACAUCUGCUCAAGAUUUUUGCGUUGAAGAAGGGGGGACACUUGUCGCCAUUGAAAAUGAGGUGGAACAAGCUUUCAUUACUAUGAAUCUUUUUGGCCAUACCACUAAUGUGUGGAUAGGGUUACAAAAUGAUGAUUAUGAAAAAUGGCUAAAUGGAAGGCCCGUGUCAUAUUCUAAUUGGUCCCCAUUUGAUAUAGUAAAUAUUCCAAGUCAUAACACCACCGAAGUUCAAAAACGCAUUCCUCUCUGUGCCUUGCUGUCAAAUAAUCCUAAUUUUCAUUUCACUGGAAAAUGGUAUUUUGAAGACUGUAGAGAAGAAGGUUAUGGGUUUGUUUGUGAAAAAAUGCAGGUUUCAGGAAAAGUCAGAUCCUCACUCAGCCAUUUUUAUUUGGGAGAGUGUGACAAGAAGAGGAGAGGAGAGCAAGAAGCAGCAUUUACUGAGUGCCUGCUGUGGUCCACAUCCUAUAAUACUCCUGGACACAGUAUAAAUACAUCUGAUAUGUAUCCAAUCCCCAAUACCUUAGAAUAUGGAAACAGAACUUACAAAAUAAUUAAUGCAAAUAUGACUUGGUAUACAGCACUAAAAACCUGCCUGAUGCAUGGAGCAGAACUGGUCAGCAUUACAGACCAGUACCACCAGUCUUUCCUCACUGUUAUCCUCAACCGGCUAGGACAUGCCCACUGGAUUGGACUGUUCACUGAAGAUAAUGGUCUUAAUUUUGACUGGUCAGAUGGCACCAAAUCCUCCUUCACUUUUUGGAAAGACGAUGAGUCAUCCUUCCUGGGUGACUGUGUUUUUGCCGACACCAGUGGACACUGGAGUAGCACAGCCUGUGAGUCAUAUCUGCAAGGAGCCAUUUGUCAUGUGCCCACAGAAACAAGACCAUUUGGAUACCCAGAGCUGUGCUCAGAAACAUCUAUUCCCUGGAUAAAAUUCAAAAGUAAUUGCUACAGUUUUUCUACAGUCUUAGACAGUACGAGUUUUGAGGCUGCUCAUGAAUUUUGCAAAAAGGAAGGAUCUAAUCUUUUAACAAUCAAAGAUGAAGCUGAAAAUUCAUUUCUCCUAGACCAGCUUUUAGCUUUCAGUUCUUCUGUCCAGAUGGUUUGGCUGAAUGCUCAGUUUGAUGGUGACAAUGAAACCAUAAAGUGGUUUGAUGGAACUCCCGCAGACCAGUCAAACUGGGGUAUUAGGAAGCCAGAGAUGGACCACGUCAAACCCCAUCUGUGUGUUGCCCUGAGGAUUCCUGAAGGAGUGUGGCAGUUAACCUCAUGUCAAGACAAAAAAGGAUUUAUAUGUAAAAUGGAAGCAGGACCAAGUCACAGCAUUAUACCCCUUGCAGUAGCAGUGACACUGAUAGUAAUUCUGGCAAUUUCCACACUUUCCUUCUGCAUAUACAAGCACAAUAGUGGUAUCUUCAGAAGACUUGCACAGUUUGGAAAUCCUUACUAUCCUGCAACCAACUUUAGUACAGUACAUUUAGAAGAAGAUAUUCUCAUUUCUGAUCUUGAGAAGAAUGACCAAUAAUAAUGAAGUGAAAGGAUGCCACGGCCAUGAGAAUGAGUAAAGAAGAGUACUUUCCUUUACAGACCAGAUGCCACUCUAAUGUGAAUCGUGUCACCAUUUUAAUUAUUCUUAAAAUGAUUACUGGUUUUGAAUUGUAACCAAAUCAGAUAGGUGUUCAUUUAUUCAUUUCCUCAAACUGUGAUCUGUUCUUUAAAAGGGGAGAUUUUACAAUGGCUAUUCUUCAGAAAACAAAAACUAUUAAAAGAAACUCCCAAAUGAAAA